AAUUAAACAAAAUUUGCUUCCAUUCCACCUGUAGAGCGAGAGAGUGCCGAAGCCAAGGUAACAGACGAGAGAUAGAGAGAGAAAGCGAGAACGAGCGGAAGACAGAAGAGUAUAGUCUCGUUCACGGACCGCCAUUGAAGAGGCUAUAAUUUUUUCCAGUUUGCAUUUCUUACCGCGGACUUCUGCCCUUCGAGGCGGCGGGCGAUUGCUCGGAGAAAUAACCUCUCACCGGCGAGCUCGUUGUUGUUUCUUCGUCUUUCGUUGUUUUCCAUUUCCCCCUUCGUAUUGCUUUCUCAAUCGGGGGAAACGAAUUGAACCGACAGGUCCCUGGAACCCUAAUUUCAUCUCAUAAUAUUGACGAACGCCAUCCGAGCUCUCGAAAACGUUCGAUUCAAAGGGAGCCGGAGGGAGGGCGUGUUUCGUCAUCGUGUGUGUGUUUUUGUGGAUUUUGAGAUAGAAGGAAAUGGUCGGGGGAGGAGCAAGCGGGAGGAAGAAUGAGCAGGUGGUGCUGAACAGUAACAAUGUGUUCGCUGCGCUCGACACCUUGAGGAAGAAGAAGAAGAGUUCCAGCUCCUCCUCCGCUGCGACUUCCGGCAAGGACCGGUCUAAAUCGAAAUCGAACAAAGAGGAGAAGGAGGCGGCGGAGAAGGUGUUCUGGUCGCCGGCGCCGCUCACGACGAAAUCUUGGGCUGACGUCGAAGACGAGGAUGACGACGAUUACUACGCGACUACUGCCCCCCUCGCCACAGCCUGGGCUGCCGCUCCUGGUGCCAAGUCGGAGAAGGAGGCCGUGGAGGAAACUGAAAGUGAAGAAGAAGGUCUUGAUGAAGUUGAUGAUGAUGUGGAGGAUGUGGAGGAAGAACAUGAACAUGAGCCUGAAGUGCCCACAGAAGUGGAACCUGUGAAGAAGCAACCUGAGGCUUCUUUGCCUCCAAAGGAUACAGAAAGGCAACUCUCGAAAAAGGAGUUGAAGAAAAAAGGGCUUGAAGAACUUGAUGCUGUACUUGCAGAGUUAGGAUAUGCUAAACAGGAGUCGGGUGGUCAGGAUGCCUCUGAUGGAGAGAAGAAAGCUGACAACAAUGGACAAGCGAAGAAGGAAAAUGCCCCGGGAGAGAGCAAGAGUGCCAAAAAGAAGAAGAAGAAGGAGAAGACCUCGAAAGAAGCCAACAAGGAUUCUGAGGACCAGUCUCGGAGUGUUGGUGUUGUUGCAGAUCAGACUGCCAAUAGCACUGCUGAAGCCGAGAAGUCUGAUGAUGCAUCCAGUGGCGUCGAUGUGAAGGAGCGGUUGAAGAAAGUGGCAGCCAAGAAGAAGAAGUCGAGCAAAGAAGUAGAUGCCGCCGCCAAGGCUGCUGCUAGUGAGGCUGCUGCCAGGCGAGCCAAGCUCGCUGCCGCGGCGAAGAAGAAGGAGAAGGCUCACUACAAUCAGCAGCCGGUGCGGUAAGCCGGCAAGGCAAAGUUUUCAAAAGUGUCCUUCCUCUUUUCUUCUUUUCUCCCCUUUCAUUCAUGAGAACUCAGAACUUCUGUUUUGAUUUUGACAGUGCAAAUAAGACCUCAGGAUUUUAUGGCGAAAAAAUUAAAUUGACAUUUUAAUAUGGAUAAAAAAAAGUUACUACUUCAUUAGACG